AUGGCGGAACCUUCACUCGGAGCUGCUCCCAAGCAGGAUCUGCAGAGUACCUCGACUGCUAAGGCAACAUCUCCGACCUUCCACGAAUUCCGCCGCCUACCCCCGGAGUUGCGACUCAAGAUCUGGAAGGAAGCUUGCCUGUCUCGCUCAACAUCAGAGAAAGGACUUCAUUAUGUCACCGUCGACAUCGUGGACACUACAGGCCAAUGGAAGGAGAGCAACGUCGAUCCCGUCACUUCUGACCCCAACAUUGAGGGUCAAAAUUACGACUACGAAGGCAGCGCGUAUGCCACUCUCAGAGCGUUAGAGUGCCCGUGGGAGAAGACCGGCAGUUCGCAACCUCCCGCCAACCCCCCCAACAAGUCAGCCUAUCUCUGGGACGCAGGUCUUUGGUCAGCCUGCAAAGAAUCGCGGGAAGUCAUCGAAAAGCACUUGAACGUUAAAGAGUGGCUUGCACAUCGAGGACAGGGUCGCCCAAGAGGGCAGCCAGCUUGGUAUAAUGAAGCUUUCCCCUCGGCGAUUGUACCCAAGACCAAGAAUGACAAUUGGUGCCCAUUGGUCAAGCCGUAUGGCGACAUCUUUUGUAUUGACACCUACAAUCUCGAUGCAGUCCCUGACAGCUUUCUUGAGAUGAUGCUAUUGGCUCCUUGCCUCGGGACCAAGACCUUCACGGUCGUCGGAGCUUGGAACAUCGGUUUCAAGUUCGAGCAAAGUUGGAUGAACAACUUUCCCAACAAGUGGUCGGAUCUCGGGGCUGUUGGUGCUAGACCUUCGCUGUGGAUCAUUGACGACAACGUUCGCUGGGUUGCACGAUCUCAUCAACGAUGUUCUACUGUGUGGCGCGACCUAGAAGACGAAUAUGUCGCCAUCGGCUGGAACGAUACUCGCAGCAACUUGGUUGAUGGAACUCAGGGUGCUGUAGCCGAUUUCAUGACUGCCCUUGAACAACUCGCUGACAGGGAGGACUACUUGAGCGACUCACUCCUCCUGUCAAUCCGACUUCUCGUUCGAAAGGACAAUAUGUUGCCGGGGUACAUUUGA